AUGACGGCGUUGAUCAAAGAUGGCUUUUGGAGAGAAAGAAUCAAAACGGUUUCCACCAACACACUUCCUUCCAUGUACAAACUAUUGCAUGAAACAGGACGCUGGGACUUCUUUGACUUCAAUUGGAAAGAGGGAAUCAAGCCCCAUAUUUUCUGGGACUCGGAUAUUGCCAAGUUUAUGGAGGCCGUUUGCUUUGCAUUAAAGUAUACUGAGGAAGGUGAUGCACGCAACUUGCAAUAUAAGUCGUGGAUGGAUGACAUUACGAGAAUGAUACUCAAGGCACAGCAGCCAGAUGGCUAUCUCAACUCUUACUUUACUCAAGUUAAGCCAACCGAGAGAUUCAAAAACGUUGCUGAAGAACAUGAACUCUACUGUUGCGGCCAUCUAAUUGAGGCAGCAGUGGCAUACUAUGAAGCUACUGGUUCCAAGGUAUUGAUUGAAUGCCUUUGCAGGUACUUGGACCUCAUUUGUGAGACUUUUGGUGACGAAAGUGGUAAAUUGCACGGGUAUCCAGGACACCAGGAAAUUGAAUUAGCUCUUGUUAAGCUCACUAAAAUUGUUCCCGAGCCAAGAUACAAAAAACUCUUAGACUAUUUCAUCGAACAAAGAGGAUACCAAAAUGGAAAGUUUUACGAUGACGAGGUGAGAGCAAGAGGCUUGGAUCCAGAUACCUACAGACCUAGAGGAGAUUAUGACCAUCUUCCUGGGGUUCAUUAUGACUCGCAUUGGCCGGCUCCUAGAAGCUACUGGUACUUGCAAGCUGAUGUACCUGUGAGAGAAGCUCACGAAGUCAAGGGACAUGCCGUAAGACAAGUGUACUUUUUGACGGCUGUACAAGCGGUGGCUUCGCUCAAAAAUGACGAUGGACUAAGAAAUUCUGUCAAAAGACUCUUCAGGAAUAUGAUCGACAAGAAGUUCUACAUUCAUGGAGGUAUCGGUGCUAUAGCUAGGUGGGAGGGUUUUGGGGAGGACCAUGAUUUGAGAUGGGACGGGUACUCGGAAACGUGUGCUUCUAUUGGGUUGGUCUUUUUGUGUGAAAAGAUGCUUUUGGACCACUUGGAUCGGGAAGUGGCUUUGGUGAUGGAAAGGGCUCUUUACAACGACGUUUUGGGAGGUGUGAGUAUUAACGGAGAGUCUUAUUUCUAUGACCAGCCAAUUAUUGGAGAAAGAGGCUUAAAGAGACUGAGUUGGUUCAGUGUGAGUUGCUGCCCACCCAACGUCGCCAGAUUGCUCAACAGCUUGGAAAAGUAUGCUUACCUGUUGUCAAGUGACUCAGUAGCUGUCCACCUUUACAUUGGUGCCGAAAUCAAGAACGACCAUAUCAACAUGAAACUUGAGAGCGAGUAUCCCCAAAAGGGAAGGUUUAAGAUCUCUUUAAAGACUUCGAAGCCAAUCAGUCUUGCAGUUAGAGCUCCAAAUCACUUCAAAUGUUCUAACACGAGCUUUACAGAGCGUAAUGGAUACUUGCAUUUCGCUCCUAAAGUAUGGGACGAAGUUAUCGAUCUUGAAUUUGAUCUUAAGAUUGAAGUGAUAGUACCUGACGACAAGGUAGAAGCCAAUAGGGGCCAUUUGGCAGUACAGAGAGGACCUUUUGUGUAUGCUUUACAGAAGUCUGGGGUACAAGGAGACGUUUCCUUGAGUCAGUUGCAUAUUAAGAGAGGGCAAGAGUUUACUGAAAAGUUGGAAACGAUUCGAGACACAAAAUAUAUCAGCUUACUGACGACUAUAUCGGGAGUUGUGUGCAAGUUUGUACCUUAUUUUGUGACUGGAAAUGAACACCCAGGUGAAGACUUUAGAAUGUGGAUCAAGGAGAGUCAGUGA